AUGAAUCUGUUUUUUGGUAAAGCAAAGUCGAAAACAACUGCCAAGGAUGCCAUAAUCAAAUUACGAGAAACUUUGGACAUGUUGGAAAAACGAGAAGCGUUUCUCGAAGGCAAAUCAAACAACGAACUUAAAAUCGCCAAGCUGAAUGCUACCAAGAAUAGAAGAUUGGCAUUGCAAGCAUUGAAGCGAAAAAAGGUGUUCGAAGCCAAUAUCGAAAAGAUCAAUGGAGCUCGCAUGACUAUUGAAACACAAAUGAUGGCAAUUGAAAGUGCCAAUGUCAACUUGGAGACUAUGGGCGCUAUGCGUGCUGGUGCAGAGGCUAUGAAGAAUAUCCACGGAUCAAUGGAUGUCAACACUGUUGAUUCAACCAUGGACGAUAUCCGUGACCAGAUGGACAUUGCCACCGAAAUCUCGGAGGCUAUAUCUAGACCGGUUGGCGAAGAGUUGGAUGAGGAUGAACUGCUUAACGAGCUUGAGGAAUUAGAGCAGGAAGAACUGGAUGCCAAGAUGCUCGAUACACCAGCGCCAGCUAUGGAUACGCCCGAUGUACCUAUUCACGAACCUGUCGCAAGAAGAAGGAAGUCGGAAGAGGAAGAAGAGGCAGAGCUCAAGGCAUUACAAGCAAGCAUGGCGCCUAUGUAA